AUGAACAUGUUGGAACGAUCUCUAUUCUUACACCAACCACAAGAACCACUCAACACAAACAUCAAGUCUAUUCAAUGCUUGCCUCUUCUAAACAAGCUCAUGGAAAGUAAGAGUCAAGCCUUGGAAGAUAUCAAAGAAGAGAAGGAUGAUGAUGUGGUUACUCUCCAAAUCGGAUUGCCUAACUACCACCGUGGUAGCUCGGCGGAGGAUGAGUCCGAUACAGCUUCAGAUCAUGAUCAGAAGAAACCCAUCAAGAGAGAGAUAAUAGAAGAUGGUGUCGUGAUGAUGAAGAAGAGGAGGAAGACGAAGUUUGAUGGUGAGGAGAUUGAUUUAGAUAUGGAAGUAGUUGGGAAGAGGUUUUGGAUACCAAGUCCGGCUCAGAUUCAUGUCGGUCCAAUGCAAUUUGCUUGCUCUAUUUGCAGCAAAACCUUCAAUAGGUACAAUAACAUGCAGAUGCAUAUGUGGGGACAUGGAUCUGAGUUCAGAAAAGGGGCUGACUCGUUGAAAGGCACAACCCAACCCGCGGCUAUCCUGCGAUUGCCAUGCUAUUGUUGCGCGGAGGGAUGCAAGAACAACAUCAACCAUCCGCGGUCCAAGCCCUUGAAGGAUUUCCGUACACUUCAAACACAUUACAAACGUAAGCAUGGCUCCAAGCCCUUCUCUUGCGGAAAAUGUGGUAAGGCAUUGGCCGUGAAAGGUGAUUGGAGGACUCAUGAGAAAAACUGCGGAAAGCUUUGGUAUUGUACAUGUGGAUCAGAUUUCAAGCACAAGAGGUCUCUCAAGGAUCACAUCAAGUCUUUUGGCAAUGGACAUUCUCCUCACCCGUCUCUUUUGUUUGACGGGUUUGAGGAGGAUACAGAAUGCGUCACCACAGAGUAA